AUGUCUUCGAGACGUUUGCUAUUUCAUAGCGCAUCUACCCAAGAAAUGUUUGAUAAAAUUUUAAAACUUCUUGAGGAUCCCAAAUAUCCAUGCCUUGGUCCGCAUUUGCGUCUACUAAGUUUAACUGGACUCUGGCAUCCAGUUCUCAACCGUAUAACACGGCUUAAAAUAACCUUGUUUUACCUAACAGUUCUCUUUUUCUUCAGCCAAUACAUAAAAUGUAUUAUUUUCUUUGACGCGGAUUCAUUAAAACUUAUUUUACAAUACAUGCCUUUUCAUAUGGGAAUCGUGAAGACAUGUUUUUUCCAUAGACAAUACGACAAAUGGUCUCAGAUGAUUGAAUUUAUUUCUAAACUAGAGACUCAUCAGUUAAAACAAAAAUGUUUUAACCAUCUUCAGAUAAAUUACAUUAAACGCAGUCGUAGAGUUACCUAUUUCUUCUGGGCACUAGCAUUCUUCUCAAACUUUAGUAUUUUCUCAGAGCCAUACCGGAAAAAUCAGUCGAUCGAAAAUGGAACAAGCACUUACGUGUACAUAUUCGAUGGUUAUACUCCAUUCAGUCGUGUUCCACCUGGUUAUUACUGUUCAAUGUUCAUACAAACUGUUUUUGGACACAUUGUAAGCGCUUAUGUCGUGGUAUGGGACACAUGUGUCGUGUCCGUAAUGAUAUUCUUCGCUGGACAGUUGAAAAUAUUUCGAGCUUACAGUAAAAAUAUCUUCGAUGAAGGUAGUGUUGUGAAACAUCGCCAGCAAAUUGCUAAUUGUCAUUUCUUUUACACGGAGCUGGUAAAGUACCAGAAAUUAUUCAACUCUUUGAUAUCACCAGUUAUGUUCGUGUACUUGAUAGUAAUUUCCGUGAGCCUGGGAGUGUGUAUAAUACAAAUAGUUGAGCUGCAAAAUGACAUCGGGGCGCAAAUAUCCGCCGGUUUAUUCCUGAUCGCUUGUCUUAUUCAGCUUUUGAUAUUUUAUUGGCACAGCAACGAAGUGACCAAUGAGAGCCUUUAUGCAUGCUGCGGUCCUUAUGAAAGCAAUUGGGUUGGUGCUGAUUUAAGAUCGCAAAGACAGGUCGCUUUGCUGAUUGCAACAACAAAUAGACGACUAAUUUUCAAAGCUGGUCCUUUCAACGAAAUGUCGCUCUCCACUUUUGUUUCGAUUUUACGCACAAGUUACAGUUUUUUCACACUGCUGAAUGAAACUGCGAACAAUAAAUAA